AUGGAGUCACGCUACGCUUUUUGCCUUUUGGUGAUUUUCUCCUCCGAGUGGACGCGGGUCUUGUCCUCAACUUGCAAGCCGGGAGUAAGAUGCGGUCCCUCGGGUCAUUUCGCGCACAUCCGCGCGACCCCCCGGGAGCUCCGCGCGCAGGAUUUGACGCAUUUUGGAGAGCUUGUCGGAUUUACCGAAGGCGAAGCGAGUACCGAAGUUGACCUUGCGAUCGCAGAAAGUUCGGCAAAAGUCGAGCUUCCACGCGCGUGGCAAGAAAACGCAUGUUGUUCUCAAGAGGAUGCGUCGGACGGUCAGCCAAAACUUUCCCAUCUUGAGAGCCGGAACGAUGUGGAAAGCGAGGAGAAUGUGGGAGAUGUGGAUUCAACAGAAAGCCGGAGGAGAAGCGCAAGGGGCGCAGAGACUUGGGCCGAUUUGGGAGCCGAGGGCGCGCGCGAAGCUCCGUAUCCCGAGCCGGUGGAGGUCCAGCUGGCCAGCUCCACAUUCGCCCUGGCCGGGGACACCGCGCAUAAUCAGGCGAUGGUGCACUGGUCCGGCCAGAACAGCAGCGUGAUCCUCAUGUUGACUAAAUACUACGACUUCAGCUCGGGCAGAGUGACGGAGAGUUCUUUGUGGAGAUCCACCGAUUACGGCACAACGUACGAGAAACUUAAUGAAAAAGUGGGGCCCAAAACCAUCCUGAGCUACUUGUACGUCAGUCCCAAUAACAAGCGCAAGAUCAUGUUACUGACCGACCCCGAGGUGGAGAGCAGCCUGCUCAUUAGCCUUGACGAGGGGGCGUCCUAUCAGAAGCACAGCUUAGCCUUUGAUAUCCUCAGUCUUCUUUUCCAUCCCGAGCAGGAGGAUUGGAUACUGGCUUACAGCCACGACCAAAAGCUGUAUGUGUCUGUGGAAUUUGGGAAGAGGUGGCAGCUCGUACACGACAACGUCGUCCCGAACAGAUUCUAUUGGUCCCGAUUGGGUUUGGACAAGGAGCAAGGAAUGAUCCACCUGGAGAUCAACGUCUCUGAUGGACGGUCGCAGUACAUCACUUGCAAACUUCAAAAUUGCUCCGAGGGAAACAAGGGCAAGCCUUUCCCUGGGUUUAUCAUCCCCAACUCCCUGGUGGUGCAGGAUGAAUACGUUUUCAUCCAGGUGCCAACAGGAGGCCAGUCUGUCCAUUACGUGUCCUACAAAAGACACUCUUUCUACCCAGUCAAGCUUCCAAAGUACACUCUGCCCAAGGACUUGCAGAUCAUCAGCACCGAUGACAAUCAGGUGGUGGCGGCCAUUCAAGACUGGCACCAGAACGACUCGUACAACCUGUACAUGUCAGAGUCUAUGGGUCUUUUCUUCACGCUGAUGUUGGAGAAUGUGGUGAGCAGCGGAGGACCCGAAGGCAACAUUAUGAUCGAUCUGUAUGAGGUUGCAGGGAUUAAAGGGGUGUUUCUGUCAAAUAAAGUUGUCGAGAACCAAGUGAAAACUUACAUCACGUACAACAAAGGCAGAGACUGGCGGCUUCUGCAGGCCCCGGCAACGGAUCUCCAAGGGAAGAGGGUCGAUUGUGAGCAUCCGUACUGCUCAUUACAUCUCCACCUUCAUGUAUCGGAGAAUCCUUACACCUCUGGAAACAUAGUCAGCAAAGAUACAGCGCCGGGAGUUAUAAUUGCGUCAGGUGUGGUUGGACCUGAGCUCACCUCAAUGAAUGUCAGCAUCUUCAUCACAUCUGACGCUGGAAACACUUGGAAAGAGGUUUUUCAGGAAGAGUACAGCGUGUUCUUCUUGAAUCAAGGAGGAUCUCUGGUGGCCAUCCGACACACACCUCUGCCAAUUAGACACAUUUGGCUGAGUUUUGAUGAGGGCAGAAACUGGGACAAAUUUAGCUUCACCUCCUCGCCGCUCUAUGUGGAUGGGGUUCUAGGGGAGCCCGGGGAGGAUACCCUGAUCAUGACAAUCUUCGGUCACUUCAGUCAUCGAUCCGAGUGGCAACUGGUCAAAAUUGACUUUAGGUCGAUUUUUCAACACCGCUGCACUUCGGAAGAUUACGUGACAUGGCGGUUGGACAACGAGGGAGAAGUGUGCAUCAUGGGAAUGAAGAGAGUCUUUCAGAAAUUGCGAGUAAACGCUCGAUGUGUCAAGGCCAGAGAACAGUACAUCUCUCAGAUGUCAGACUCCUGUCCGUGCACUGAGGCCGAUUUUGAGUGUGACUACGGAUUUGAGAGGCAGGUCGAUGGGAGCUGCACUCCGGCAUUCUGGUUUGCUCCGUCGGCCACGUCCAGAGAUUGCAUCACUGGGGACAGUUUCCUCAAUUCCACCGGAUAUCGCAGAGCUUUGUCUAACAACUGCACAGAGGGAAGUCUGUUGAAAUACAGCCCCAGGCGGCAGAAGUGUCCCAGUCAAGUCCCCAAAGGCCUGCAGCUUUUCACCAGCGAGGGCACACUGGUGGCGACACUGCACAAGAAUGUCACUUUCUUGGUCUUUCUUGAAGAGGGUCUCGGCUCUACCACGAGCAUCACGGUGGACUUUGGCGACGGCACCACAAUGUCUUAUGUCAACAUCAGCUCUAUAGAAGACGGGGUCAAGCAUGUCUACAGCAAAGUGGGCAUCUACCAUGUUUCUGCCAUAGCAAGCAAUGUUUUGGGUUUUGACAGGGUGACACUCUACCUCCACGUCACUUGUCAGUUGGAGCAAGUGCAGCUGUCCGCUCCAUCUGUGGUUAUCAAGAACAAAGUUGUAAACUUCACGACGACACUGCGACCCGUCAAUGUGGGGACGGUCACAUAUUACUGGUGGUUUGACAACAAAACGGAGCCUCUAGCGAGUUUGGAUGGAGGGAUGUCCUUCACCUUCUCCCGGGAGGGAAGCCACAUUGUCACUGUUCAAGCUUCGGUCGGGAGCACGGUCCAUCAGGACCAAAUGACAGUAGCAGUUUACGAUUAUUUCCUGUCACACAUUUUGGCCUUUUCCUCGAAUCUGGACGAUGCCAAUCCUGGUCUAUCAGAGUGGCGAGCUGACAUCGCAAGAGUGGUGAAGCGCUCCAUAGUCCAGGUCACUGCGAUUAGUGAGGAUCAGCUGCUGGUCACGGUGCUUCCUGGUCUGCCAACCACAGCCGAGAUUUUUAUUGUUCCUGAGAGGAGGCGCGGAAGGCAGGUUGUGGCGGAAAAGCGGCAACACCUAGAACAGCUCUCUCAGGUGCUGCUAAGUGCUUUAAACCAGGACCUAGUCCAGUUCACACUCAAGGCGGGAGUGCAGGUGAACAUCUUUGCCAGCCGACUGUCGCCAGCUCCUCUGGUGGACAGCAGCGAUAGCAGCCACAGCAGCACCGCAAUUAUAAUGCUGGUGUCGGUGGCUCUGAUGGGUCUGCUUGUCUUUGCCAUAUAUAAAUUCAAAAGGAAGAUUCCAGGUCUCAACACCUACACGGCAGAGCAGCCCGACAAAGAACAAGAGGUCGUGCCCACGGUGACCUCAAUGGCAGACGCCAAGCCCGAAGCGGACAAGAUGACCUCACCAGAUCGAGUGGACGUGCAGUUAGAUUCAAAGAGCAGAGGCUACCUGCCAUCGCACACAGACAUCAAGCUCUCUGAUGAAGCGCCCCAUGUGUUUUAA